AUGCCACUCCCACCAAAAAAGGUCGCAUUUGUGACCGGCGCGAACGGAAUCAGCGGGUUUGCAAUUGUUGAACAUCUGGUGCGACAGCCGGAAUCAGAAUGGUCUCAUAUCCUGGUGUCUUCCAGACGCCCCAUGGCUGUUCCCUUGACCGACCCUAGAAUUACAUUCGUGGCUAUCGACUUCCUCGACCCUGUUCCCAAGAUAGUGCAAGCUCUUUCAGCCUAUACGGAGGCUAAGGACAUCACACACGCCUUCUUCACCUCAUAUGUACAUGCAAAUGACUUUAAGCUACUUCGUGAAAAGAAUGUUCCUUUGUUUAGGAAUUUCCUCGAAGUCAUGGACACCAUGUGCCCCAGACUUGAGCGAAUUUGCCUUCAGACUGGCGGAAAAAACUACGGCGCACAUCUUGGACCCGCCCUCAAUAUCCCUCAUCGAGAAGACCAGCCUCGCUCUGACGAUCCUGACAACUUCUACUACCCGCAAGAAGACGACAUGUUCGCUGUAGCCAAAGGGAAGAAAUGGGGUUGGAAUGUAAUACGACCAAACGGGGUUAUUGGCUUCACGCCACACGGUUCUGGCAUAUCUGAGGUUUUGUCAAUGGCUGCCUAUCUUUUGCUUGUCCGGGAACUCAACGAGUCGGCUGCGUGGCCUUGGAGUGAGUUUAUGUGGACGGGAGCAGAUGACAAAUCCUAUGCGCCCGCCAUUGGGCACAUGUCGGUCUGGGCGACGACAGAAGAACACUGCAAAAACGAAGCCUUCAACUGCGUCAAUGGCGACAUUAUCAUAUGGAAGUACUUCUGGCCUGUACUAGCCAAACAUUUCGGUAUCAAUGCUCCUGAACCUGUCUUCGAUGAUCCAAAACGGCCGAAGCAUUUCGACAUGGAAGCUUGGGCAAAAGACAAGAGGCCUGUGUGGGAGCGAGUGGUCAAGAAGUAUGGCGGCAAGGUGGAGGCAUUUGACUGGUGUUCUUGGGAUUACCUCCCCUGGUGCAUGGGAAGGACAUGGUCCUCGCUUUCGUCAAUGAACAAAGCUAGGAAGUUUGGCUGGACCCGCUUCGAUGACUCCCAGGACACGUAUCUGUCAGCGAUCCGGUGCUUCGAGAAUGCAGGUGUCCUCCCACGCAUUCCGGCCCAGGUUAAUGGAACAUAA